UUGGAUUUUUUCUCUCGGAUUUUUUCAAUGUUUUUUCUGGAUACACCAUUCCACCGCAGUCACGUUUACCACAGGGCUUAUAACUAGCUUUAGAAAAGUCGGCUCUAGACAUCAGAGGUCGAUCUGAAAUGACGAAGGUGCCGGAAAUCGAAACUGUCGAAAAUCGGAAAUGGCUCAAAAGUCGGAACUCGGAAAUCUUUACAAAAUUUCUGAAAUCGCAAAGAAAAAAACGUCGGAAAUCGGAAGUCGGAAAUCAGAAUUCCUAUCGACCUCUGCUAGACAUGUUUGGUAUCUUUCUACGCCUCUCCUCGAGCCUCGUCGGAAGGUACCCAAAUCGACUCUUUCUGGCAUUCCUACAAGUAGACCAACCUUAGACAUGUCUUGACGUCGAAUUGUGCUUGCGGUCAACUGACCCCCUGUUCUUUCCGUUACCGCAGGGCUUAUAACUAGCCUUAGAAAAGUCGGAUUGGACAUUUUUGGUAUCUUUCUACGCCUAACCUCGAGCCUCGUCGGAAGGUACCCAAAUCCACUUUUUCUGGCAUUCCUACAAGUAGACCGGUCCUAGACAGGUCUUCACGUCGAAUUGUGCUUGCGGUCAACUGACCCCCCUGUUCUUUCCGUUAUUUUUUCCCUUCUCUUGGCCAUGCUGUGCUUUUCACACUUUUCUAGUUUUACAUUAAAGCUUUUUUCCAGUAUUUCUCUUUUUUAUUGUUACUUUUCUUCCUUAUUUGUUAGCCUUUUAUUAACACAAAAUCGCUACUCUUUUUCCCUAUUUAUAUUUUUUCAAGCAUUUUAAACG